CGCACACAGACGAGUGAAGAGUUGUAACAUGAGGAGCAGGUACGCCCUAGAGAAUAAGAGUGAGUGAUAGUGGACUCUUCCUGCCAACGCGCUCAAGUAAAACUACAAACAAUCUCGUGCCGAGGAUGUAAUAUGGCAGCUGGAAGAGCAACAUCCUUCCAACGUGUUGGGAGUCUAAUGCGAAGUAAAUCUGAAGGGACACUGAUCGAUCUGAAUGACAGUACAUCAACCAGUAACAUCCUGAAGGGUGGGUAUGUAAAACCAGUAACACAGAAGCUCGAGUGGCCACUUAUACAGCCAGAAGUUGCACUUUCAUCACAGUCAAACAAUCCUUUUUGGAACAAACUGUCCAGAUCAAAUCCAUUCUUAGAUGAAAUUGUACACAACAGUACAGAAAAACACAUUUCCAACACAUCAAAUGGGAAACAAGACAUAGGAAAACAUGUGGACCCAAAUACCGAUGAUGCCAUCAGCACAUCUUCAGAUGAAGGCAACGUAGGAAACUUUCUGCAAAACAAACACAAAGUGAGCAACAGAUCUGGGAGAUGGAGAAGUGCUUCAGACAUUUUGGACGAUCUGGAGCGAAAAGUGCCAAAACAGGAGAACAGCUUCACACCACCUGGGACGGUGCUGAAUCCAGAUUUUGAGUGGCUAAAGAACGACAGAGAGGCUUAUAAAAUGGCCUGGCUAAGCCACAGGCAACUCACACGCUCAUGUUUGGACUUAAAUCUGAUGAGCCAGAGCCCAGGGUGGGCUCAGACCCAGGCCUCCAACUUUCAGGUCAUCUCCAAGAUCGGCCAUACUGGAGGUAUAGUACAGUUACCAGACUCAGAAAUCAGGAUCCAUAUUCCAGAGGGCAACGUUCCUUCUGGAGAAGUCCAGGAAGUUACACUCAAAGCAAUGCUAGACCCUCCCCCUGGACUCAAUAACAACUACAUGACUACCAUGAGUCCACUUCUAGAGGUGGUCCUCAGCAAAAUCAACACAAAGGAGUGUAUCUCUCUGGAUAUUAAACUGUCUGGAGAGGUCAAGAAUGAUCCACUUAGUCAGAUGAUGACUACUGUGGUUGGACUGGUGUCUAAUAAAAGAGAAGGACCUUAUGUUAUAGUAAACAACUGUUACAUUCACAAAAACAAGAUGCAGAUGAAGCUGCAGGACUUGAAGACACAUUUUUAUGUGAUCGCAGUUGCACAGGCCUCUGCAAUCCAAGCCCCUGCAACAUCGAUUUGGGAUUACCUUGAACGCCAAAUCACAAUAGCAGUUUAUGGUCCCAGAUACAUCCAUCCUUCAUUCAAGGUUGUCAUAGUAGUUUGCUGUCAUGAGGAUGUUCCACCCAAGCUUCCAUUUUCAGCAAUCUGCAAAGGGAACAAAAACCUGCCUCCACUAGUUCUUCAGCUUUGGGGAAAACGUGGUUUUAAACCAGACAAACUGAACAACCUGCAUGUCGGAGUAAGCCUCACGGAAUCUGAGUUUAAAAUACAACCUGAGGACAAACUGAAAGAAGUUAGACAAAGUCAGCUCAAAAUAGGCACAGUUCUGCAUCUGCCAGUAGCAAUAUCCUGUGCAAACAAUACAGAAAUGACUCCCUUCAAACUAGAUCUAGAGGUUAAGGAGUCCAACACGACCACUGUUGCAAAUUUCCAGGUGUCUUCCCCUCCCGCAGCACCCAUCAGAUCAGAAAAGCGAGUUCAAAGGCAGUCAGACAAGCGGAUUGAAUUGGCAAAGACAGCAUCUAUUCCUGAGGAAUGUGUUCAAGAUUUCCCCAAAUUUACAGACAGACCUGUGAAACUACAGUGGUACGGUGUAGCCCUUAAGUCAGUUCUCCGUCAACCACGUGUAGAUUAUCUUCUAGAGUACUUCAAGGGGGACACAGUGGCUCUCCUAUCCAGAGAGACUGUAAAGUCAGUGGGUAACUCUAAGGUCAAGGAGUGGUACAUCGGAUUCCUCCGAGGCAGGACCGGUUUGGUGCAUUGCAAAAAUGUCAAGCUCAUUACCAGAGACCAAGUGAUCGACUUCACUGGAAUUCAAAUUACUACUGAGGUCCUCUUGGACAACAUGAUGCUGCCCUUCAAGAAGCUUACCUACAUGUACUCUGCUAUCCAGACGUUGGUCACUGAACACAUCACCACCUGGAGAGGAUUUGCUAAUGUUUUGGGGUAUAGAAACCUGUCUUUGGACACCAUCACACGGAGCUACACUGAGACAGAGGCAGAGAAAGUGGCCAGUGUAUUGGAAAAGCUGAAGGAAGACUGCCAUGCCGAGAGGAUAAGGAAGUUUCUGCAUGAGCUCAUGGUGGGUCUCCUGAAGAUGGAUUCUGUGAAUCUUGCAGCACAGGUUAUCCAGAACACGGUCAUUCUGUCCACUGCUGUGGAGCUAGGAAUUCGAUGGCGGGAGCUUGCUGAGAAGAUGGGAAAACUCUCCAGUUCUCAGAUAGCCGCCUAUGAAGCACCCCAUUUAGGGAAGAGUGGAGACGUUGGUUCCCAGUCAAUGUGGAAGCCAGCAUAUGACUUCCUGUACUCCUGGAGUCAGCGCUAUGGAGACAGCUACAAGGACAUGAUCCAGGAUCUACACCUGCUCCUGGACAAAAUGAAAAACCCUGUAACGAGACAGUGGAGGCAGCUGACAGGUGCCCUCAUCACAGUGAACUGUCUCGAUAUCUUCAGAAACUCUGCAUACCCAAAUUCCUAAAUCGCGAUGCAAAAUGCACUCUAGUGAUGACACCAACAUCCACGCACUUGAGAAAAACAGAUACAACUACAUUUUUUUUCUCCUGAUACUGCUUUUAAGAAGUAGUGGUAGGUUGGUUUCAAAAGAAAGAAAGAAUGUAGCUUUAAGGCACAUUCACGUUGUUUUCCAGAAUGGAGAGAAAGCACAUAUUUCUGAAAGAACCCUUAUUGUGUGAAACCAUUUAAGAAAAUAACUAUUUUUUUCAGAUGAUGUAUUGUCACUGUAAACAUUUACCUAUCCUGGUUCCUUUUUGUAGUCAGAGUGGUAUUCACCACUAGAAGUAGCAUUCAAAUACUCCUAGUUUAAAAAAAACAAGUUAGUGACCUUGAGGCCUCAUGAUGGGAGUUUAAGAACCAAUCAGUGAAGUAGAGGUGGCUACAGCUACUUUUUAAUACUGUCUAAGCAUUUGUUACACUAAAAUGAUUUUUGUUACUCUUGAUGUUACUUGGCUCUUUUCGACGUCUUAGAGACUUUUUUUUAAAUUGAUUUAUACUUAUUUGUACAAAUAAGCAUGAGAAGAAACAUGUUUGAAAUUCACCAGCUACUUGCACUAUAUUUUGAAACCUCACUUGAGUAUGUUGUCACAAUUUUUGAACUGUGAAGGAACGUCACUUCAUCUUUGGAACAGAAGAAACUGAAGUGCUGUCAGUCACUUUUUACUAUAUGUCUGAGCAAAUGUGAUGAAGUCGUAUAAUAAGAUGUCAUUUCAGUGUUUCAUUUACGGUUACAUUUUUAAAGGUCAGCCAUCCUGGAUAUCAAUAAUGUUAUCUGUUAGAUAGAUUUUUCUAUUGUGUCUAUGUGCACAAAACAUUUACUUUUUGAGAAUUGGCAUUACCUCAAGAGCAGGUUUUAAAAUGAUCUAUCUUAAUAGAUUUCACCAGUACGAUUUUAAUGAAGAUCUACAUAAUGUGUAUGAAUCCUGUAAAAGUUUAUACCAGUGGGACUUUUAGGUUAUAGUUUUCUGUAAAUACUUGUUUGAAGCUAAACGGACAAGGGACAGCAAACUGAUUAAUGUGAACUUUUGUUAACCGGGCCUGCAGGUUGGUGCAGUGGUUAACGCUGAUUCCUCACUGCAACAACAUUCCUGGUUUGAAUCCCCGUCGGACAGGUGUGGUGUUUGCAUAUUCUCCCUGUGCACGUGUGGGUUCUCCUACAGAUACUCUGGCUCCUUCCCACUGUCCAAAGACAUGACCUUCAGGUUCAUCAGAGAUUCUAAAAUGUCUCGUAGGUGUGCAUGUGCAUGAACAUGUGAGUGUUUGUCUCUGUAGGUCAGACUGGUGACAU